AUGUCGAGUAUUCCGCGGCCAACUGAGGGCGAUGUUAAUAUCGGAGCGGGCACGUUUGUUGCUUGUUGGGUCCUUACCGGCGUUGUUGGUGUUACACUUCUAUUCCGCUAUGCAGUCAAGAGCUGGGUACGCUUUGCGCUGCCCCAGGUCACUGCACCCGAGCGUGUCUGGGGGUUCGAAGAUCUAUUCUUCCUCGCGGGCUAUACUCUCGACAUUGCACACAUGAGUAUGAUUCAAAUUAGUUCACAAUGGGGUUUGGGUCGACAUUAUUACUACCUGUCAGCGGCCCAACGCUUGACAGUCAUGAAAUACGACUUCUACUCGCAACCACUCGCUGUGGCCGCGGCCAUGGUCUCUCGCACAGGCAUGAUGUGGUUCCUGUUAACAUGCUUCGCGGCUAGCGAUAAGAAGAUUCGUAUCUCAAUCCUCGUUUGUGCAAUUGUGCAGAUAGUUGCCAAUAUGGUGACUAUUCUGCAAAUUAUCUUACAGUGUGGGCCGAAUCCCUACCACCUGACGAACCGCGUUGCAUACUUCAAAUAUAUGUGGACUCCACUACCCAGUGAUGGAUCUGUUGUCUGUCAAUCCUCCAAUGUCCAGACUACUGUUGGAUUUGUUCAAGGGGGUUUCAACACGAUCAUUGACUUUAUUCUGGCGGUUAUUGCUGGUGUAGAGCUGUGGCAAUUCUUCCUUCGCACACUACACCGCGAGAACCUGUCCUUUUGGUCGCAAUUCAAGAAGAUCAACAGCACCGUUCGAUCUCGUCGUCUCUGGCAGACUAUCACCCUCUGUGGUCCACUAGUUCUCUCGGGUGCGGCCUCGAUUGUGAAAACAUAUAAACUCAAGUCCCUCGGCGACAGACUCGAUUUUACCUACAAUAUCGUCUCCUUCAUUCUAUGGGUAAAAAUCGAAAACUACAGCAUUCUCCUCGCCUCGUGCGCCCCAGUCGCCCGACUCUUCCUCCGCACCGUCGUCGACGCUCGACGAGAAGGCCGCUUCGGCUACUGGUCCAAAUCAAACUCAAACAAUAACUACGCCACCCACGACACAGAAUUGAAAAGCCAACAGAGCCGAAGUAGAACCGGAUGGAUGGAUUCAGCAACAGCCACAGCCACCGCAACGACGCAGUGGCAUGAUGAAGAGGGUCAACAAACGAAGUGGAAUAUCCAUCCUGAGCGAUCGAUAAGUCGACAGUCAAAAGGAUACGGACAUGAGAUAGAGGGUAUGGAGGAUGGAGGUGUUACGGUGAAGACAGAUAUUGUGGUGCAAGUUGAUGAUGGGCGGUCGACGUCGAGUGGGGAUGCGAGGCUUUUACCUGGUGGUGGGGAGAUACCACUUGGGAGGGAGGACUAUGGGUAUCAUGCUCGGUGA